AUGGUGUGGCAGGAGUGGUGGCCGUACGACCCUCAACCCCAGCCACAGACGACGAAUCCGUAUCUCGUCCAUUGCGAGAAAGGCAAGGUGUACUGGUGGUGUUCGUGCGGACUCAGCAAGACGCAGCCAUGGUGCGAUGGCGCUCACAAAGGCACCCCUUUCAAGCCUGUUAUGUACAUUCCAGCGCUUACCGGCAAGAAGCUACUUUGUGGGUGUAAGUACAGCGGCACCCGGCCGCUGUGCAACGGCACUCACUUGUGGGUCAAGUGCAACAACAAUACUCCCCUUGCGUGCGCAGCUUCCUUCGCUGCUGCUUUCAGCGUCGGUGUCGCCUCAACGUAUCUGAUGCAUGGUUAA